AAGAUCGCUGAAGCCAAAGCACGGAAGAAGCUGAGAGCCGCUCAGAGGUUGGAGAAAGCCCUGAAGAAGGCAGAUGGGGUCAAUCAAACAGGUGACAUGACUGAGAAGGAGAAAGCCAGUCAAAUAGAGAAGCUAAUGAGGAAGGGAAUGGGUAAGGGUAAACAAAAGAAGGAUGAAGUGAAGCUAGUCGUGGCGAAGGGCCCAAACAGGGGCUUGAAAGGGAGACCUAAGGGCGUAAAAGGAAGAUAUAGAAUGGUUGAUGCGCGUGGCAAGAAAGAGGUAAGCAGAACACCACGCUUCCAGAAGCUGAACCAAACCGGCUAA